AUGGUUGCUGUUUCGUCACCAGAAACUGCCUCAAGCCAGGUGAUGGAGAGCGCAGGGUCGUCCAAUGCUAGCAAACCGGCGUCCGUUAAUGGCUCGACUACCUCCAAUGUAGCGACAGUUCCCAUCUUCCCUCCUCCCAAAACGGACAAACCUCGUCCCCAUGUUUGCACUACCUGCAAUAGAUCCUUUGCGCGACUCGAACAUUUAAAGCGGCAUGAACGAUCCCACACGAAGGAGAAACCAUUCGAGUGCCCCGAAUGUACCCGUUGCUUUGCCCGCAGAGAUUUGCUCCUGCGCCACCAACAGAAGCUACAUUCAACCACUACACCUGCUUCCCGGCCUCGCGGCGGAAGGAGGGAGAGUGCAGCUGGAGUUGCGACUGGACGUGUUCGAAAGAAUUCCACGACGGGCAACGCGGCGUCCAUGAGACCCAGAGCCAACACACUCAGUCAUGUUGACGCUGGAACGCUGGGCAUGCUUGCCAACUCCCCCAACAACUAUGGACGCCCUUACAUGGCCGGUCACAGUCACCAUAACAGCAUGAGUAUGGUCCCUAAUUCUCAGGGGUUCCAAUAUCGUAUGCACAGUAAUGGUCAUCAACCUCCUCUACUCAAUCUGCCAAAGCUGGACACUCAAAGCAUACCACUGGACCUGUCCAGUGGCCUACGCACAGCUCCUCCCUUUGGAGGAUUUGGUGCUGAAUAUGGGAUGAGUGGUAUGAAUUUCGAGCACGACUUUGACAACACCAUAAACCCGCAUGCGCUCCACAUGUCAGGUCUCCAGGGAAUGGGAAUGGACACAUCUGAAUCUCCAUAUCAGCACAUGUUUCCGGGGAUGAUGGCUUCUCAUGCUCUAGCGGAGGACGAUGCUAAUUUCGAAUGGAUGGCCCAUGGAUUCGAGAAUCAAAUGUCCUUUGCCCAAGCGAAUGAAAAUGCCAUUGAUGAUUCGUCACCUUCCGCAAUGAGCACCAAUAGUCCCGCUGGCAUGGUCGAUAUGACUAACGACCAGAAUAUUGCCUCUAUACACCAUCCUUCUGCUUCAACGGCAAGCAUGUGGUCCCAUGCACUUGCAGCUCAAGCACAAGCUGUGAACAGCCCUGUGAGCAUGGAUCUCAUGUCUACGUUCAGCGAAUUAGUCAAUGCCCCUGUGGGUACCAUUUCACCAAAGUCACUGCUGGCCCAGGGGGGUGUUCUCGAGAUGAACCUUCAAAGCCCACCGGACAUGUCCAACAUGGAUCAGAUAAACAUGCACCCGAAUAUCCAUUUCACGGGUUAUCAACUACCGUCAAGUCGCGAUGGGCCGACUUCGAGUAUCUCCAAUGCUUCCAUGGAGAGUAGUCUUCACCAGAAUUCCAUGACAACGACAUCCUCUGAGCUUGUCAACGAUAACAUCCGUUCCGUUCUGAUUGCAGGCCUCUCACAAAACGCGGGAUUCGGGCAACGCAAAUAUUCUCAACCCGCUAUUAGCUCUCCCUUGUCACCGCCACCCGCGUCUCGAGCGAAAGGCUUCAAUGUAAACACUUUCCCCAGCACACAUGAGUUACAACGCUACGUCGCUGCAUACAUUACAUACUUUCAUCCCCACCUACCGUUUCUACACAUACCAACCUUGAAUUUUGAGUCGCCGGAGUAUACCACACCCAUCAGACUCGUACCUGGACAGUCUCAAUACGGAAAGUCAAUGGUAGCAGGAGGUGGAAGUUGUCUUAUUCUCUCUAUUGCCGCAAUCGGGGCGCUCUACGAACACGAGUCAUUUCAUUCCAAGGAUUUGUUCGAAUGUGCCAAACGGCUCAUCAGCAGCUAUCUGGAAGAGCGGCGCAAGGCAAACAUGACAAAGACUCAAUUCGCACCCCGACAUUCGUCAGAACGAGAAGACACCCCUCUGUGGCUCGUUCAAGCCAUGUUGCUAAAUGUCAUUUAUGGUCACAAUUGUGGUGACAAGACUGCGGCAGAACUUGCAAGCAAUCACUGUGCCGCUCUUGUCAGUCUUGCGCGUGGAGCAGAGCUCGCUCGACCGGCGCAAAGCCACGCUACCGCGAGUAAUUUCCACGGCAACAUGCACGCCAAUGGGAUCUCGAACAAUGGAUGGAAUUCAAUGGUGAACGAGCCGGAUGAUUCGGAUUGGCUCGAGUGGAAGAACUCGGAAGAGCGUAAACGGACACUGUAUGCGGUCUUCAUUCUCUCGAGCAUGCUCGUGACUGCAUAUAACCAUCCGCCAGCUUUGACCAAUUCGGAGAUCCGUCUGAGUUUGCCUUGCAGCGAAGAACUCUGGGCUACUGAUUCUGCGCAGACAUGGCGAAAUUUUGGGGGUGCGGCGCAGGCCGAGAUGAACUCAAUCACGUUUGCCGAAUCGCUUACUCACCUAUUGAUGUCAGCUCCCCGCCAGAAACGGCGGAAUAGCACCACAUCGAAUAUGGGAGUUACGGCAGAGAAUGAGCUUAGGCCCAGCACCUUUGGCUGUUUGAUCCUAGUCAACGCGCUGCACAACUACAUCUGGGAGACGCGUCAGCGACACCUAGGACGACAGUGGUCAACAAGCGAGACGGAGCAAAUGCAUGCACAUAUUGAACCGGCACUCCGGGCUUGGCAAGCUGCGUGGGCAAGCAACCCAAGCCACAGCCUCGAGCGUCCCAAUCCAUUUGGAGCGGGACCACUCUCUGCUGACUGCAUCCCGUUGCUCGACCUGGCUUACGUACGUCUUUUUGUGAAUCUGGGGAGAUCCAAAGAGGCAUUUUGGCAACGUGAUUAUGACGCAAUGGCCGAAGAACUAGCGAAGGGGCCAGACACCAUGCAAGCACAGGGAACCAAUGAUGUGAAACAGGAACUUAGUCCACCGAACGACAAUGCAAUGAAUCAUGGCCAAGAGCAAAUGCCACCCAUGAGCAAUGGUUCGCACCACUUUGGAGCCCAGAGCGAACAGGAAGCCAGGGAUUCGCGUUCCUCGCGACGAGAACGACACCUCCGGAAAGCAGCAUUCUACGCAGCUGACUCCUUGUCCAUGUCUGACAAAUUAGGUCUAACCUUUGCAGAACAAUCGUCGCGCGAGCUUCCCACGCAGUCUGCAAUGUGUGCAUUUGAUUGCGCCCAAGUGGUGGCCGAGUGGAUCGCAACGGUCCAAGAGAGGGUGGGCAAAUACGUUGGAAUCAUUGGUCGUGACGAUAUGAGUCUAGUGGAGAUUCCAGGCAUCCUCCUUCUCGAAGACGAAGACCGGAAACUGAUCCAGAAGAUUGAAGAAGUCUUGUCCAGUGCAGAACAGAAGAUUGAAUCGCGAGGCGGGCCUGGUUUGAUUGCGGCUCGCCAAGGCGGGUAUGGAAGUCGAAUCCUCGUAUUAACUGCACACAUACUGGAAAGAGAAGCGGUCUGGCCAGGUAAGCAUCGCUCAAAUCCUGGUGAGGAGACGCCCUUUCUAACGGUUUUGCUAGUCUUUAAAUUGAUGGCACGAUCACUUGAAACACAAGCCGAACAUAUCAAAGAACGAGCAUUGGCUUCGGUCUCAAUCGCAUAG